GCUCUACGGAAGAGGGGAAGGCUCACUUACCUUCACUUUGAUCAGAACCAAAAUGGCCUCGGUUUUGCUAUAGCCAAGACGCCGUUACCAUUUUCACCCGCUCAUUCUCAUAAACCAUGGCGUCUGGCAGUGCGAUGAAGGUCUCCUGCGGGAGAGAUUUGGAUUGUAUACCUGAAGUAACGGAUACCGUAGCUGCUGUGGCAAAACUUGGAUUCGACUUCCUCUGCAUGCCCCUUUUCCAUCCACGGUUCAAAAGGGAAUAUGAGCUGGAACCUGCCAAGUCCCGGGCAGGGGCUCAGACCCGCUCAGACCUGCUGUUGUGUGCAAGAGAUUGGAACACACUAAUUGUUGGGAAGCUAUCACCAUGGAUAGAAGUGGACUCUGAAUUGACGACCAUGCGCAGGAAUUCCGAAGCAGCUAUGGUUCAGGAGCUGAAUUUCUGUGCCUAUCUGGGCCUGCCAGCCUUCAUGAUCCCCCUGAGAACCCCUCACUGUGCCAACCUGGCACGCGUGCUGCUAAACCACCUCCACACAGGACACCACUCCUCCAUGUUUUGGAUCCGGGUGCCCCUGAUGGAUCUAGAGGAUGUGCGUGAUGACCUCAUCGAGAAUGAGCCCUCCAAAAACAUGGAUGAUGGCAGCAAUGAUGAGAAAACCUGGGGCUGGUGGCAUUCCUUCAGAACACUCUGUGACUACAACAAGCGGAUCUGCUUAGCAAUUGAGAUUGCUGCUGAUGUGCCCUCGGAUACGGUUAUUGACAAGUGGCUUGGAGAACCAAUCAAAGCAGCCAUUCUACCGACCAGCAUCUUCCUCACCAAUAAAAAAGGGUUUCCUGUGCUCUCAAAAGCUCACCAGCGAAUCAUCUGCCGUCUCUUCAAGCUGGAGGCUCAGUUCAUCUUCACUGGGACGAGUCGGCACAGUGAGAAAGACUUCCGUUCGUACCUGCAAUACCUGGAGUAUCUCAACCAGAACCGCCCAACUCUUAACGCUUACGACCUCUACGCCAAGGGCUAUGAAGAUUACCUGCAGUCCCCAUUACAGCCUCUAAUGGACAACUUAGAAGCACAGACGUAUGAGGUGUUUGAGAAAGAUCCCAUCAAAUAUUCACAAUACCAACAGGCGGUAUAUAAGUGCCUGUUAGACCGAGUGCCGGAAGACGAGAAGGAUACUAAUGUCCAGGUGCUGAUGGUGCUAGGGGCAGGCCGUGGGCCUCUGGUAAACGCCUCCUUGCGUGCGGCCAAGCAGGCAGACAGGAAGCUGCGUGUGUAUGCCGUGGAGAAAAACCCCAACGCUGUCGUCACGCUGGAGAACUGGCGCUUUGAGGAGUGGGGUGACCAGGUGACUGUUGUGUCGUGUGACAUGCGGGAAUGGACGGCUCCAGAGAAAGCUGACAUCAUCGUCAGCGAGCUGCUCGGGUCCUUCGGGGACAACGAGCUGUCCCCCGAAUGCCUUGACGGAGCGCAGCACUUUCUGAAAGAGGACGGGGUCAGUAUCCCCAGCUCAUACACCUCCUUCCUGGCCCCUCUGUCCUCGUCAAAGCUGUAUAAUGAAGUGCGGGGAUCACGGGAGCGGGACAAGGAGCCAGAGUGCCACUUUGAGACGCCCUACGUCGUCAGACUGCACAACUUCCAUCAGCUGGCUGAUCCCCAGCCAUGCUUCACGUUUACACACCCGACUACAGACAUGAACAAUAAUAGGUACCAGUGCCUACGAUUCCCUGUGGGGUGCAACUCUGUGCUUCAUGGCUUUGCCGGCUACUUUGAGACCACGUUAUAUAAAGACGUCAUGCUAAGUAUAAGACCAGAGACCCAUUCCCCUGGGAUGUUCUCCUGGUUCCCCAUCCUGUUUCCACUCAAACAGCCAAUCGCUGUUGCGGGUGGCGAUCACGUGGGCGUGCGAUUCUGGAGAUGCAAUAAUGGGAAGAAGGUGUGGUACGAGUGGGCGGUCACCGAGCCAACAUGUUCUGCCAUCCACAACCCAGCUGGACGCUCCUAUACCAUUGGCCUGUGAAGACGGAGGACACACACACACACACACACAUCACGCAAACAUCACACACACAAACACACACAUAUUGUUGUAAAUUAGUUACGAGUGGAAGUGAGUCUCCCCUCUGUUUCAUUGCUGUUCAGGGCCUACCCACAUAUUCAGAUCAAUGGUGGGCAUUUUGAGUUGAGAGCUACCGCUGAGAAUUCCUGUAAAUCCAAGGCUUGUCGCUGUUGUCUUUCUUUGUUUUGUCAGUCCAAUGAAGGUCAUUAUGAAAACUGGAUUUAGUUUGAAGUAGGCACCAGAGGGGGGGGGGGAGGAAAAAGAGAAGCAAGAGUAGCUUCACUUUCUUCCUUCUUUCUACUUCUUUGUUUGUUUGUUUUGGAAGUACGACGAAGUCUGUAAGUUAGCCAUUAGCUGCACACACAAUAUUUGGAGUGUCAUCAAGAGCCAUAUUUUCUAAGGCGAUUUCUGUUUGUGUUGUGAUCUGUAUGUGUCAGCCACAUCCUUGGUGCUACAGGUCAGAGGGAGAUUUCAGAAA